AUGGAGCUUGAAGAAAAAAGUGUGAUAAUUCCUUUGGAACCAGCAAGGGACUCUUCAGAUCUCACGGAGGAUAGAAACAGUAAACAGCGGGAUGUAACAGAUAUUCCUCCAAAAAGUUCGAAGAUUACGAAUUGUGAUUUAUUUUUUCUAAUACUAUCAAUUAUAACACACUGCACUGAUGUUGGUGUUGACAUCAAUAUUGUGUUUCAAUAUUAUUUUCAUAAUAAAUUAAACAAGCUGCUGUUGACAAUCGCGUUAAUACUGAUACCAUCACUAAUCAAUACACUUGUGAGUUUGCAGAUGUAUCAACAAGAUGAAGAUGAAGAUCAGCAAAAAAAUGAACGUAUCAAAAAGCAAUCAGUUUGCAUAAAAAUGUGCAAAAAAAUUGGGAGAUUUUUUGGGAUCGUGCUCACCAUUUUAUUUCAAUUUACAAUGGCUCAGCGAUGUAUUUACAGUUUAAAAUAUGCUCUUCAAUCCCGAUACUAUAAGAAAAAAGGUGACAGAGUUGGUCAAAGAAGAUAUUUUAUAAAAAUGUUGAAAGAAGAACAAGAUAUUGCUCUUCUUAGAGUUCUUGAAUGUUUUAUCGAAGCAGCCCCCCAGCAGAUCUUACAACUGUCCUUAUUUGUGCAUGAUUAUCAUGGUGAAUUUAGUAUUAUAUCUGUACAUCAGGUGAUUAGCAUUAUCAGUUCUUUCAUUAGUUUAGCUUGGGCAAUGGUGAGUUACCAUCGUAGUGUUCGCCUUGCACAAGUGGAUAAAAAAAAUAUAGACAUUAUUGGCUCUGUUUUCCAAUUCAUAUGGUAUUUUUCUAUAACAUCAUCAAGGAUUGCCACCGUGUCGGCUGCAGCUGUAUAUUCCAGUACAUUCGUUGUAGGAGCUUGCUCCAUCCAUUGGUUAGUAAUGACAGUAUGGACAAUCAUCGAAUCACAUGGAUUGAUUACCUUUUGCCAUAACAAAAACCGCCCACCACAUAUGUCUUUAACAAUAAUAGAAAGAGUGAAAUCGACUUUAUUUUCAUGUGUACUUGGGUUUGUUUAUAUUUUUAUAUAUUUGAAUCCUGAAGAUACAAGCACAUUUUACAGGCAUCUAUUUUAUUAUGUUAUAUGUUUCUUUGAAAAUGUUUCUGCAAGUGUGUUGAUAUUGGUGACAAAACUUCCUGCAGAUAUAGAUAUUGCAAAGUACCACUAUAUGUUAUCAGCAUCUUGCAUAAUACCUUUUAUUUUAGGUGUUAUAUUUAUGAUAAUAUAUUACUUGAAAUACCAUCCAUCAAUGAAGCAUAUAACACUCCAUUUUUGGAGAUUAUUGAAAGGGAGAUACCAUAAAUAA